AUGUUUCUCGGUCUGAUUCUCUUCUCCAUUCUUAGCGACAAGUUUUUGGGACAGACGCAAGGCGGAGUCGCCGUCCAGCCUGAACAACGCCUUAUCUUGAUGAAGUGGCUUGGUCCUAUCGCCCCAUUUGGCUGCUUCAUGUAUGGCUGGAGCGCACAGUAUCAUGCACACUGGAUAGUGCCAAUAAUCGGGACUUUUAUUAUCGGCUUUGGCUCUUUAUUCGUCGUCAUCCCAGGCCAGAUCUAUUUCGUUGAUGCCUUUGGGACGACGGCGGCAGCGUCCACCCUAGCGGCCAACCUCCUCAUCCGAUCGCCCUUUGGUGCCUUUCUGGAUCUUGCUGCCGCGCCUCUGUAUGAUACUCUGGGACUGGGCUGGGGGGAUAGUGUGCUGGGGUUCAUCACGCUGUCGUUCAUGCCAUUGCCGUGGUUGUUUUACCGCUACGGCGAAGCUUUGAGGACUCGUUUUGCGGUUGACAAGUAUAUUUAG